CGUGGCGUUGCGGCAAUUUCGAAGGGACUAGCAAGUUUUGAAAAUUUUCGCAACGACCGAGAUAAUGGCAGAUAAUCAACAGAGCCGAUUCGAGAAGUCGCUGGGAUUGCUGACUACUCGUUUCGUGUCUUUGCUCCAGAAAGCGAAGGACGGCGUGCUGGAUUUGAAAGUCGCUGCGGACCUUCUGGAGGUACGACAGAAACGGCGCAUCUAUGACAUUACUAACGUGCUUGAGGGUAUUGGUCUUAUAGAGAAGAAGAGCAAGAACAGCAUUCAAUGGAAGGGUGCAGGACCUGGCUGCAAUACACAAGAAGUCGGCGAGAAACUAACAGACCUAAAGGAAGAGAUCAGCAAAUUGGAGGAUCACGAACAGCUGUUGGAUACCCAUACCCGAUGGAUUCAGCAAAGCAUAAAGAAUAUAAAGGAUGAUAAUAUAAAUAAGAAAUAUGCAUAUAUCACGUACGAAGACGUUAAAGAAAACUUUGUGGAUCAAUUUGUAUUAGGAAUACAGGGUCCUCCAGACAUGGAAAUAACAGUACCAAAUGUCUUGAAGACUGUCAUGCAAGAGGAUACAGUGAUAAAUUAUAACAUGACUCUGAAAAGUACUUUGGGAGAAAUUAAAGUGUAUAUGGUCCAACCUGAACUAGCUAAAACUUACGAUAAUAAAGUGUUAGAAAUGAGAUUACGAGAAGAAAUAAUAAAGGGUACAAAGCGUGGAAAUGAAGAUGAGAAGAAAGAGGAAGUUACUGUUAAACCAAAGAGGAAAGUUGGAAGGCCACCAAAAAACAGUACUAAACCAGAUCCGGUAUUAACUGAUGAUGAAGAAGAAGAAGAUUCGGAAUUAAUAGAAGCUAAGAUAGUUUUACGUGACAUAAGCACCGCAGAUAUUGUCCAAAGAGAUUUGGAGUUUCUUGAUCAAUUGUAUUCUGACUUUUGUGGACCAUUAAUGAGAUUAAGUCCACCCCCUGGGGAAAAAGAUUACCAUUUCAAUCUUAGUGAGAACGAAGGUGUUUGUGAUUUAUUCGACAUUACGACAUAAUGAGUGUUGAGUUGACGUAGCUUCAAUAUGCGAAAUGGAGACUGUGCCAACAGCAUUCAAAGUUGAUGAGAAGAAUCUGAUAAAAUCAUUGAG